UUGCAAAUUUGCCUGAUACUGGCUGAUGGACGCCAUGCGCACACCGAGUAUACUUGUAUUUGGGAUAGUUUUUGCUCCCUGUGGUUUGGUGCUGGACCUGACCAGCACUGUAGCCCCGCACUGGAGAAUAAUCAGGAACAUUCCGAAUGAAGCGCCGGAUAUAAUCCUGCAGCAGGGGAUCUGGGAUAUAUGCCAAGCUUCCACGACUACGAGGAAGGUAACGUGCAACCAGCCAAACCCAACUUACUUCAGCCAACAGAUAAUUCCAAUCGCCAAGGGCUUGAUGAUCGCAUCUCUGCUGGUCACACUGCUGGGUCUAGCAGUGGCUAUAGCAGGAGUUAGAUGUUGGAGAGAACGGCCAAACUGGAUAAUCGCAGGAAUUGGGGGGUUUUUUAUAUUCCUCUCUGGUGUCAUGACUCUGAUUCCCAUUUCGUGGUACACGCACAUCUUCACAGCCAUCCCAGCAGAGAGCCAGAGCAUUACCCCGGGAUAUUGCAUUUUUCUGGGUUUCAUCGGCGGCAUCAUGGAAGUUCUCAGUGGAUCAGCCCUGAUAAUCGGAAUGUGCUCUUGUUGCGGCGGGUGGAACCGGGGAGAGAGACGUUCGAGCAACAAAAGCACCUACUUCCACAACACAGCGGCCAUGCCCCGGAGGAUCGAGGUGCCCAGCAUCAGCAGGACCAGGAGCGACGCCAGCAGCGUCCCGUACUCCAGAGACACUCUGGACGGCCGGGAUUUCCCUCAGGCGAAGCCUUCAGGGAGGAUCAACACCACGUACAGUAGCAGAAUGUGUGAUGCUGAUUUGUGGAGAGGAUGUUUCAGCAUUUACUCCGGAAUCUGCCUGCACCUGUUGUUAAUUUGCCUGACACUGCUGCUGGACACCAUGCGUACGCCGGGUCUACAUAUAUUUGGGAUGGUUUUUGCUCCCUGCGGCUUGGUACUGGAUCUGACCAGCACUGUAGCUCCGAACUGGAGAGUACUCAGUAAUAUUCCGAAUCAAGCGCCUGAUAUGAUACUACAGCAGGGGAUCUGGGAUAUAUGCCAAGCUUCCACGAUUACCACCACGGUAACGUGUAGCCAGCCAGACACAACUUACUUCAGCCAACAGAUAAUCCCAGUCGCCAAGGGCUUGAUGAUCGCAUCUCUGCUGGUCACACUGCUGGGCAUUGCAGUGGCCACAUUCGGAGUUAGAUGCUGGAGAGAUCGGCCAAACUGGAUAAUCGCAGGAAUUGGGGGUAUUUUUAUAUUCCUCUCUGGUGUCAUGACUCUGAUUCCCAUUUCGUGGUACACGCACAUCAUAACAACCAUCCCAUCAGUGACAGUGACCCCGAGCAUUGCAGCGGGUUAUUGCAUUGUUCUGGGUUUCAUCGGUGGCAUCAUGGAAGUUCUCAGUGGAUCAGCCCUGAUAAUCGGAAUGUGCUCUUGCUGCGGCGGGUGGAACCGGGGAGAGACACGUUCAAACAUCAAAACCACUUACUUCCGCAACACAGCGGCCAUGCCCCGGAGGAUCGAGGUGCCCAGCAUCGGCAGGACCAGGAGCGAAGCCAGCAGCGUCCCGUACUCCAGAGACACUCUGGACGGCCGGGAUUUCCCUCAGGCGAAGCCUUCAGGGAGGAUCAACACCACGUACAGUAGCAGAAUGGGCGACGCUGAUUUGUGAAGACCCGCAGGGUAACGAAUUCUGUUAAAAUUCAUUUUAAUGAUGGAAAUAUUCUUUAGGGGUGAUUGUGAGGCAGACAAUUUGUUCCUUUGUGUUAUGCUGGUUUCAUAGCUGUCCAAGGCCACUUUUAACAUCUUCCUCAUGGAAAACAUGUAUAUUACAUGCAAAACAAAUGUCAAAAAUGUUUACUGUUAUACUGUAGCUAUCAAGCCUAGUUACAGUAGUCUGAUGCAGCGAGUACAAGGUUACGCUGUAAGUCCACCUUCUAAAUUGCUGUGUACAUUUGGGUGCUGGGUUAUUAAUGCUAGCAAAGAAUAUAUUAAGCCAUGUGCCUUAAAUAUCAUUUGCUGCUUUAAAAAUGUUAAAGUCUAAAUAUACAGUUCCGGCCAACCCUGUUGAUUUGUGAAUUUUUCAUGACAGUACUAGUCUGAGGAAUGAUAGAAUGCCUUUUUUUUUUUAUCAGAGCUGGACAGUAUAAUGUACAUUCUUAGGAUACUUUAUAGAAAUAAACACUAAACAGCUGCUGUAA